GAUUUCCUUAUAUGUUCAUAUUGAAUGCAUCUUGCUUUGUCUCCAGCUCAUCUGUUACCAUGACAACCCUUUCACGUGGGGAAACAACUCACACAUCAUCAACUCUGGUGCCUACGACAUCUCUCUGAUACCAUCGAGCUUUUCCCCCGGGGAAAUAACAGACACAGAAGAGGAUAUCCUGAUCACCAUCGCCACUAAUGGAGCGGACUCUUCCAGCGGACUGGUUCAUGAAGUAGAUUCCAUCGGCAAUGGGAGCGUGGUGCACCAUGCGUUCAACAUCUCAGACGUAGAUGAUGCUUUCGUCGUCCAAGUCACUGCGCUGAACAGGAGUUCCAAAAUAUCCGUGUUCGGCAGAGGAGGAGGCUUGGCCCAUAGUAAAAACUGUGAAGUAUGUUUGACCUGGCAAGACUGGAAACCGACUGCCUCCCAUCAUGGCGCUCCUGAGUCUAGGUCUGUCGUGUUUUUCGUGUCGGGAAAGAAUCAUACCGGAAAGUAUUCUGUCGGAGUACAGGUUGCUGGUAUUGACGAUGUCUACCAAGAUGCAGUCGAUGACGGCGUACUUCUUGUGGACCCUGCUGACCAGUCCGGCCUGAAUGGAACCCAGUUCUACAGCCUGAAGGUGCUGCGUCUGAGCUGUCGUUAUUGGGCGGAGGACACAGAGAGCUGGCUUCCCAACGGAUGUAGAGUACAUCCGACCUCCACAGUCACCGAGACUGUCUGCGCCUGUAAUCACAUGACAGCAUUCGGGGCUGGCUUUGUCACCGCGCCAAACACGAUUGACCUGACCACCGUGUUUGACAAGUUCUCGGACAUAGGGAACAACGCAGGGGUCCUCGCCACCGUGCUGACGACUUUGACUCUGUACUUUGUCGUGGUCAUGUUUUUAAGGAAAUUUGACAAAGUCGGGACGAAGAAGUUGAUUGUCCAUAGCCUACCAGACAACCGCUCCACGGACACAUAUUAUUACAAGAUGACAGUAUACACCAGUCAUGGCCGAGGAUCUGGAACUAAGUCCAACGUGGCCUUCUCAUUGUUUGGUGACAAAGGGAGUACUGGAGUUAGGGUGUUCAAGCAAGACCCGGGUACCUUUCAGGCUGGUGGCGUGGAUAUCUUCUUGAUGGCUGUAGAAGAAAGUCUUGGUGAUCUUCAAAGACUUCAGAUCUGGCACGACAACCAGGGCGGCGACGACAGGGCCUGGAAGCUAGAUAAAGUCAUCGUAAGAGAUCUGCAGUCAGGAGAUACAACCAGUUUUCUGUGUAGCCAGUGGCUCUCACUGGACCACGGGGACGGUAGAACGAACCGGAUUCUUCCUGCUUCAACAGAACAAGAUCUGUCGUCCUUUCACCUUUUCACUACAAAGGCAGCCGGCGAUUUUAGAAAUGAGCACAUCUGGCUCUCCACCUUGUUCUGCCCCAGGGGAAGCCAUUUCAGCAGGGUUCAACGUCUCUCCUGUGGACUGUGUAUCAUCUACACCACCAUGAUUGCCAACGCCAUGUGGUACAGAACGGAAGACAGCUUGCACCAACCGACAGUGGUGAAUCUUGGGAUAGUUUCCUUCACCCUUCACGAGUUGUACGUCAGCACGAUGACGUCAUUGUAUGUCCUCCCAGUAAACGUGCUCCUCAUCCAGCUCUUCAAAUGGUACAAAGAAAAGAAACAACCGACCAAGAAUCCCGUGCAUGUCGCAGAGAAAAGAAACAUCAGGGCUUUGCUUUUGAAAACUCAAUCGUCCUCCCAAUUUCUUCCCCAUGGAUUUGUGUACGUGGCCUGGUCAGUCCUGGUCCUCAUCUGCGGUGUAUCGGCGUUUUUCACCAUUCUCUACAGCCUGGAGUGGGGACCUGAGACGGCAAACGCAUGGCUGAAGACAUUCUUGAUGUCCUUCGUGCAAGAUGUCUUUGUAGUUGAGCCAGUCAAGAUACUGGCUGUCUCUGCCCUGGUGUCCUUUGUCUUCAAGAAAUCCGCGGUGGUAUCGACUCGGGAUGACCACGUCAGACAACACGUUGACGUGGAGGAUUCCAGUCCGUCAGAAGGCGGCCUGUUUGCCUGGAUAUCUCACCGUGCGACCAUGAGAGUGGCUAAACAGCAAUUGCAGAAAGUUCUCUGGAAACAUCACCAAGCGGAUAAAUCUUCGAGAGAGCAGAAGAAAAGAGAAGAGACAAGAAAGAGCACAGACAAUGUGAUACAAGAGGUUAUCAGUUUCUUCCUGUUCGUGGUGAUUCUGCUAUUUGUGGCCAAUGGCGGUACAAACGUCUACUCUCACCACGCGUACAACACGAUAGGGGGCCUCUUUCAAACGGAUUUUGAUCAGAUCCAAACGGCGGAUGACUAUUGGUCGUGGGCGCGCGAUGUCCUUGUUCCGGGUCUAUUCCAGGAACGACAUUACAACGGUGAUAAACUCGGUUGGAGACGGAAGCGUUUCAUCAGUGACACCGCUUCUUACAGGAUCGGAGCUGCACGCUUCAAGCAGAUACGAGUAAAACGCCGAUCCUGUGGCUUUCACCAGCGCUACACCAGCCUGUUCUUGAACCAGGAAUGCAACAGCGGGAACUCCUUCUCAGACGGGGAAACGCGAGACUUUUUGCCCGGAUGGAGACUCCUCUCCUCCUCCAAUUUGUCCGAAGAUGUCCCUGAGCAAUCCCCCUGGACCUACCAGAUCCCCGACUCUGGUGGCGAGCUACCCGUGAUGGCAGACAUUGCCACGUACGGCUCGGGAGGUUAUGUUGCCGGAGUAGGCAGGAACAAAGAUGCCGCCCUCGCUGACAUCGCUGACCUGAAGGAAGCCGACUGGAUUGACCGCUAUACACGCGCUGUCGUCGUGGAGUUCACAGUUUAUAACGCCAACAUCAACUUCUUCAGCACGAUGUCGUACACGGUGGAGUUCCUCAACAUGGGAGGGGCGGUGUCGUCACGCUCUAUCCGGACCUACCGCUUUCAUCGGUUCGUGGGCCCAGCUGGGUAUAUAAUCCUGGCUCUGCACAUCCUUUACGUGGCGUGUUUCCUGUACAUGCUAUACAGGGAAGCAAAAAUGAUGAAGGAACAGGGGAAAAUGUACUACCAACAACCGUGGAACCUUCUGGAGAUUGUCAACAUCCUGGUUUCUUUCAGCGCAUUUAUCGUGUUUGCCGUCGACUACAUUACAUCGAGGAGAACUCUGGACAAGCUAUUUUAUCACCAUGACUCGUCGAAGUUCAUCAGCUUCGAUCUUGCUUCCUUCUGGAACCAGGCGUUUGUUUGGACAGUGGCCACCGUCGCCUUCAUCAACAUCUUAAAGUUUCUUCGCCUCCUUCGCUUCAACCCGCUCAUGUCUGUCUUCAUGACGUCACUGCGGCGCAUGUUACCAGAGGUUGCUGCCUUUGCCUUCUAUUUCACCCUCCUGUUUAUGUCAUUCGUGCAGCUGGGACACUUGGUGUUCGGACUGAAAAUACAGGAAUACUCAACGAUUGCCGCAUCAGGAAAGAGUCUCUUCGUCUGUGCACUGGGGACUUUCAAUUUUGAUGAAAUCCUAAGCACCAGUAGAAUUAUCGGGCCCAUGUUCCUGUACGCCUACCUGUGCAUCGUCUUCAUCAUCAUCAUCAACAUCCUGGUGGCCAUCAUCAAUGACGCACUUGUGGUCAUGAGAGGGUUCACGCCGCCUCCGGAACAUAGGGAGAUUCUGGACGAGUUGUGGAGGAGGCUUGCUAACUUCAUUGGCCUGGCAAACUCUGCAGGUCGGGAGGAUGACAUGCUGGCAUCGGAAAGACUGGAUGAUCGUUUGACUCGACUGGACCUUCUAACACGGGCCAUGAAGGAGAGACAAGUCGCAGAGAAUGUGAUGCGAAAGUUCUAUCAUGGUUUACAUAAGAAAUGA